AUGCAGGAUACUGCGUCGAUUGCACCUUCCUUCGAGCAGAACGACCGACCCCCGCCUGCGCUGAUUCGGCCUGUCGACUCCCAAUUGCGUGGCGUGACAUCGUUUGUCGUCGACACCAUGAUAUCCGGGUGGCAAGUAGCUGCACGACGAAGACAGGAUCCCAAGUUAAUCGACAUCGUGAAGAGUGAACCCGGAGUGGAUAGCAAGGAGGCGUUUCACAACGACGCAGGGAGUAGGGAAAAGUUGUACGAAUGCGGUUGCAGCGAGAUCCAGGGAAGAGGCGGGAGUGUGUUGCUUCCUGCCGCUGCGGUUGAAUUCUGCAGCGUCAUCCAAGAUGCACCCAUGUGCUGCAAGUGCCCUUCUGUUUCCGAGGCUCAGGCAUUGUCUUCCCUCCACACUGCUUUUGGUCGGUCCCAGGCAUCCAGAAGGGCGCUCGAUAGACCUGAGCUCGCCGUUCGUUACAGCCCUGCACUCUCUGGAGACAGGAAUGGCGACCAAUAUCGUGGAGGCUCCUUCGUGCGCGCGGUCGAUACCGGUGCAGGCUUUCGGCGACUGAAGAGUAUUGAGAUGCUCACCGCUGCCUUCACAUCUGGCAUGGUCGAAACGGCGGAGAGGCAGGACAGAAGACAGCUAUGGUCGCGGCACGCCUCCCACAAUGCGGGCCUCCCAAUGCAGUGGACGUCAGAAGAGAAGAUAGACCAGAAAUAUUCCGACAAUGCCGUUGACCCCUCGCGCUCUAAUGUGCCGGUGGCGUCCAAGAAGAGCACAAUAGCGAAUGGGGGUACUGAGACACGGGCACACCGACAUACAGAAGGCAAGGGGACGCCCGGCACGAUCGGGGACUGGUCGCUCAGUCUGCAUACCGGGGAACAGGAGAUCGGGUCGGCGAUCCAGAAGCGCGUCGCGGCGCGCGGGAUGGCCUAA